AUGAACUAUCUUCCGCACGACAUCGUACUAAACAUUCUGGGAAGAGUACUUGUGAAAUCAGUGAUAAGAUUAAGGUGCGUUUGCAAAUCCUGGGACUCUUUAAUCACAACCCCUUCUUUCAUCUCCGCCCACCUUAAUCACAACAACGACAACAAAUAUAAUGGUAACGAUUAUAUCAUACACAUGGCGUCAUGGAAAGCACGUCGCCUGGUUUCUUCUUAUCGUUCAAAAUCUCCCCCUAAAACAUCAAUCUGUACAGUCGCUUUCGACCGCACGUUUGAUAAGAUUUCUGAUAUUGAAAUUCCUUUUGAUUUUACUUCUGACUGUACUCAAAUGGUGGGUUCGUGCAAUGGCUUAUUGUGUCUAGCUGAUUCAAAUAAUGUUAUAUAUUUGUGGAACCCCAGCGUUAGAAAAUUCAAGAAGUUGCCUCAUCCUUGCUUAGAAAACUUAAACAAUGUUACUCUCGGAUUUGCUUAUUGUUCCGAGAAUAAUGACUAUAAGGUUGUAAGGACUUCACAUAGUACUUCUUUGUCUCCAUCUGAGAUCGAGAUGUACACGUUAAGUUCAGAUUCAUGGAGACAGGUUGAAAUUUCGGUGACAACAGAUGUAUGGUUCAAUGAAGAUUUUCUUUCUCCAAUCCCUUUGCUUCAAAGAACAUGUAUUGCAUCAUUAAGAGGGAAACUGGCUUUCAUUGGGAAACUGGCUUUCAUUGGACAAUCUAGCUUCCAAUACUCCAUAUGGGUGAUGACAGACUAUGGUGUGGUUGAGUUUUGGAAUAAACUUUUUGUUGUACCAUUUGAAAGGCUAGCUUAUUGGGUUCGCUUCACCAAUUAUGGUUCACUUAUGGUUGGUUACAGAAGUGCUCCAUUUAAUAGGCAAGGAAUGAAGUAUGCUUUAAUUGACAUUGAAACUCUACAAGAGAAGAAGGAUCCCGAUAUCCAACAUCCUUCAUUUAUAGCUAGUUUCAUGGAGAGCCUUGUUUUACUUGAUGGAAGAAAUGUGGAAUCUUACUAA